AUGAACGGUGUGCGGAGCGUGAAACCUGUCGGCGGUCCGCCGCGGCAGCUGUUACACUGCACCCGCGCUGGCUGUGGAGCGACUUUCACUCGGCAGUGGAAACUGAAGGAGCAUGAGACGGUGCACACCGGCGCGCGUCCGUGUCGGUGCACAAUUGCGGGCUGUGGUCGCAGUUUCUCGAGGAAAUCCCACCUGAGCCGCCACAUGCUUCAGCACGAAGGACUGAAGCAAUUCAAAUGCAAAUUUGCAACCUGCACGAAGAGUUUCUUCGACUCAAAUAAACUGAAGAGACAUACGCGUUACUGCCACGGAGACAAAAAUAAGUACUUCAAGUGCAACCAGCCAAACUGCUCCUUGACCUUCAAAAAGCGCAGACUGUUUAAGCUGCACUUAAAGGGACAUGAAGUGUCUGCUACAUUCAAGUGUUCAAGGGAUGGAUGCACUGCCACGUUCGACUCCCAUAUCAACCGCAAAGCUCAUGAGAAGAAGCAUGCAGGGUACCGCUGCCCGUAUGCUAGCUGCCAGGUGCUUGAACACACCUGGGGGAAACUUCAGAAGCACAUGGCCAAGCAUCCAGCCACCAUUUCAUGCCAACUGUGUAAGAAGGUGUUUAAGAAAGCGGAUGCCCUGCGGAAGCACAAACGGAUCCACGCUUCCCAUAAGCCUGUGCUGGUCUGUCCCAGGGAAGACUGCCAGGCCUACUUCUCUACAACCUUUAACCUGCAGCACCACAUCCGCAAGGUGCACCUUGAUCUCCUCAAAUACAAAUGCGCCUUCCCUGAAUGCCCACGCAUGUUUGCUAUGCGGGAGAGUAUGAACAGACACCUGCUUCGCCAUGACCCAAGCGCCACCACUCUGAAGAAACGUCAGCGACCCAAGAAAUCUUGGCAGAAGCGUUUGAAUGGACACCAUCUGCCCCUUGUGGAGGAAAACCUUAAUCGCCUCUUCACCCUGCGCAUGCGGAUCUCCAGACGAGCCAAAGUGGAAACCAACCUCUCAGGCCUCUUCAAUGAACGCAAGAUCCCGCAUUAUGUUGACCCAGAAGUCAACCUGCGCAACCUGUUUGGCAUCAAACAGUCACGUCCUUUGGAAGAGAAGUCUGAGGUCUCACCUGUAAAAGGUUAA